UGCUUCUAUAUUAAUGAGCGAUUCCCUCCCGGAACUCGCCAUUCCAAGUUUCUGAAGUUUCUCUCUUCUCUGCCCACCCAGCACCUAUCUUUCUGUCCUUGGUCUGUAUCAUUUUAACUUAAUUUUAGUGCAAAGAAAAGCUUGUCUAACCUUUCUGGUGAUUGCAUGAUCAGCAGGUGUUUUCGGAAGGGAGACACACAUUUUUGUAAACUUAGAUAUAUAUAGAGAUAUACCUCGUCAGUUUGGUGAGUUUGAAAAUGUGGAGGCUCAAGGUUGCAGAUGGAGGCAAUGAUCCCUACAUCUACACCACCAACAACUUCGUGGGAAGACAGAUAUGGGAGUUUGAUCCUGACUAUGGAACCACAGAAGAACGAGCUGAGGUCGAAGCAGCUCGUGAAAAUUUCUGGAAAAACCGGUUUCAGGUUAAGCCCAGCAGCGACCUCCUUUGCCGGAUGCAGUUUUUGAGAGAGAAGAAUUUCAAACAAACAAUACCACAAGUGAAGGUUGGGCAUGGUGAAGAAAUUACAUAUGAGACAACCACAACAGCAGUGAGAAGGGCUGCACAUUUCUUUUCAGCCUUGCAGGCAAGUGAUGGCCACUGGCCUGCUGAAAAUUCUGGCCCAUUGUUUCUACUUCCUCCAUUGGUAAUGUGUCUAUAUAUCACAGGGCAUCUUGAUACUGUAUUCCCUGGAGAAUAUCGUAAAGAAAUCCUUCGCUUCAUAUUCUGUCAUCAGAAUGAAGAUGGCGGAUGGGGAUUUCAUGUUGAAGGACACAGCACCAUGUAUUGUACAGUAUACAACUAUAUUUGUAUGCGUAUACUAGGAGUAGGGCCAGAUGAUGGCCAAGGCAAUGCCUGCCCAAGGGGGCGAAAAUGGAUCCUUGACCGUGGUGGUGCAACCUCCAUACCCACUUGGGGGAAGGCGUGGCUUUCGGUACUUGGUUUAUAUGAGUGGGCAGGAUGCAAUUCAAUGCCCCCAGAGUUUUGGAUGCUUCCUUCUUUUUUUCCUAUACAUCCAGCAAAAUUGUGGUGCUAUACUCGGAUGGUUUACAUGCCCUUGUCAUACUUAUAUGGUAAACGAUUCGUUGGCCCAAUCACCCCUCUUGUUCUACAACUGAGAGAAGAGCUCUUCCUUCAACCUUAUAAUGAAAUCAAUUGGAAGAAAGUAAGGCAUCAUUGCGCACAGGAGGAUCUCUACUAUCCCCAUUCAUUGAUACAGGAUUUGAUGAGGGAUGGUGUAGACCUAUUUACCGAGCCUUUUUUGACUCGCUGGCCCUUCAACAAGUUGAGGGAAAAGGCUCUUGAAACAACAAUGAAACACAUCCAUUAUGAAGAUAGAAACAGUGGAUAUAUUACCUUGGCAUGUGUGGAGAAGGUAUUGUGUAUGUUUGCUUGUUGGGUAGAAGAUCCAUAUGGGGAUUCUUUCAAGAAGCACCUUGCUAGGCUGCCAGAUUAUAUAUGGAUUGCAGAAGAUGGAAUUAAGAUGCAGGCCGUUGGUAGUCAGCUGUGGGACUCCAGUCUUGCUAUUCAGGCGCUAAUAGCUUGUAAACUCACAGAUGAAAUUGGACCCACGCUCAUGAAAGGACAUGACUUCAUAAAGAAAUCUCAGGUUAGGGACAAUCCUUCUGGUGAUUUUAGAGGCAUGUACAGACACAUUUCUAAGGGAUCUUGGACAUUCUCGGUUCGGGAUCAGCAUUGGCAAGUUUCUGAUUGCACUGCAGAAGGUUUCAAGUGUUGCCUCCUUCUCUCAGUAAUGCCACCAGAAAUUGUUGGGGAAAAAAUUGAACCCGAAUGGCUGUAUGAUUCUGUCAAUUUCAUGCUUUCCCUACAGAGUAAAAAUGGUGGCUUAUCAGCCUGGGAGCCUGCAGGAACUUCCAAAUGGUUGGAGUCGCUAAAUCCUACUGAAAUGUUUGAAGAUGUUUUCAUUGAACAUGAGUAUGUUGAGAACACUGCAUCAGCAAUCGACGCUUUAGUUUUGUUUAAGAAGUUAUACCCGGGACACAGGAAGCAAGAGAUAGAAAUUUUCAUAAAAAAUGCUGUACAGUACAUUGAAGAAAUACAAAUGCCUGAUGGCUCAUGGUAUGGUAAUUGGGGAGUAUGCUUCACCUAUGGCACAUGGUUUGCACUAAGAGGGCUAGCAGCUGCUGGCAAGACGUACCACAACUGUCUUGCUGUUCGCAAAGCAGCUGAUUUUCUACUCAAAUUACAGCUAGAUGAUGGUGGUUGGGGAGAAAGCUAUCUUUCAUGCUCAGACAAGAAAUAUACACCUCUUGAAGGAAACCGGUCAAAUUUGAUACAGACUGGGUGGACUCUAAUGGGGCUACUUCAUUCUGGACAGGCAGAAAGGGACCCAACACCUCUUCACCGAGCAGCAAAGCUCUUGAUCAAUUCUCAAAUGGAAGAUGGAGAUUUUCCCCAACAGGAAAUUGUUGGAGCUUCCCUGAAGACUUGUAUGAUACACUAUCCAACCUGUAGGAAUAUUUACCCUUUGUGGGCUAUUGCAGAAUACCGCCAGUUGGUUCCAUUGCCUUAGGCUGCAGCUAGCAUGCUUUCUGAAGCAUAUAUAUAUAUAUAUAUAUAUGUGUGUGUGUGUGUGUGUGUGAGAGAGAGAGAGAGAGAGAGUACCAAUGGAUGCAGUUCAGUCUCUUUUGCUACUUUGUGUCCUUUUCCUUUUUUCUUCUACCAUUGUUGAUCAUGUGCUCAUGAAUUGAUGGACAAUGUUGAAUAUUCUUUGAAUAAUCUAAGUUCUUGAGAAGUUUUUCUUGUGCA